AGCCACUCCCUGCCAGCUGGCAGAGUUCUUUGUUCGCAAGAGUUUGUUGAGCAAGAGCCAAAGAGAACGGGUGUACAGCGAGAACCCGUCAAUGCCAUCGGGUUGACGCACACGCGUGCGUCUUCACGCGGCGUAGCUUCACGACGGCGUCCACCACGCCACUCGUGCGUAGUAGCUGGGUGACUUAACAACAACGUACAGCCGUCCCGGUGUUACACUGCCGGCCUUAAAGGAGCCGAAAGAAAGGGAAAGUCCGCCGUAGACCGACCGCGAGCUUUAGCGCUCUCAGUCCACGGAAAGCGAGCGCGCGCCUGCUCGCGUCGCGCGCGCGAGUCAUCUCGCAGUUUGUAAAACGAACGGCGUACAGUAGUCGUAACGCGGGAUUACUAAGAAAAACGGAGUGCGUGCGUGCCAAUCUAUCGGAAUUAUCAGCUGCACGCGGCGCGUCGUCGAGGAUGCAUCAUCGCGGUGCGCGCACCGAGAGCGAGUAAAGCGUGUUAGCCGCGGCCCGGUAUGCGAUGCAGCUCGCUGCGAAUGCAACGACACGGAAUCUGGAAACUAUCGAGAUAGCGGAAGCGCAUCACAGCGUACUGACAAUGAAAAAUCAGCCAUGCUCGAAGAGUGUUUUAUCUUCUUAAACCGGAUCGCUCGGAGCACUCACACGUAUCUUGGCCCUAUUCGUAUUCUCGUACUCGUGUAUUCAACUUUCUGACCGGUGGAGGAUCAUAAUGCUAGAGCCGGUUCUGGUAACAUCGCCGAUCUGGUGGUUGGUGGUGUACGCCAAUAUUUUGCUGCUGCUGUCGCCCUUGGUGUUGCUGUUAAUCGUCGUUCUGCCGAAUUUCCCGAUUUUAUUGCUGCGCAGGAUCUGUUACAUACCGAUCGAGUCGAUCUGAAGAUCUGAGAUCAAUCAUUGAUCUCGAUCGACAGGAUACCAACAUCAGGUGUGAUCGUUACAUCGCAACAUUUAUGAUAAUAUAGUUUAUAACAUGGUGUGUAAUAUUGCAUUUUAUUUUAGAAUAAUCAAAAUGCGUGUUCGAGUAAUUAUGAACUCUAGUGGUUUUAGUUAACAUUUAAGAUUGCGUAAUUUUAAAUAUUACAAUUUAUGUUGUAAUUAUUAUUAGAAUAAUAGUACGCUAGAGUACGUAAUUCUAUUAUUAUGAUUUUUUAUUACAAUUCGCUAUACCGUAUUGUAGAGCUUAAAGUUCGUUUGUAGUCGCGAUUUUGCUAUCGUUAUGAGGAAUAAAUGUACACCGAAGCGGCCAAAUGCGUUAUUGUGCAUUUAUAAUUAAGCUGCGGAUAAUGCGAAGCAUUAUCAUUAGCGCGAUAUCUCCUAGCUCUUGCUUCUACGUGCAUACUGAUGUUUAAAUGCAUUGACUUGCCAAGCCAUAUAUACGAUGCUGCUGAAUUCCGAUGAAAUGCUCUUUUUUGUCCCACCUGCCGUAUGCGAGCAGCCGAUCCGCGCGCACAUGGAAUUCUGGAUGUUAUUGUACGAUUUACAUAAAUUUCUUUCGCAAUCACCAAUAUUUUGUCGUACGCCUUUCGCAUAUAUCAGUAACGACAAUGAUAAAUACGUAACGGGAUGUACUCGUGAGCAAGAGAAAUCACAGCGAAAUUUUAUUCGAACACGUAUGUGCUACACACCUAUUUGCAUAUAUUUAUUUGGUUGAAAAUAUUUGAGCAUUCAAAAUUUAAAACAAGAUUUAAAAUCGAAAGUAAAAUUUGAAUAAUUAUUACAAAGUAGUGUCAAAAUUAUGAUGAAAAUAAUGAUACAACGUCUUUCGCAAUUUCGUAAAUUCAGCAAUUCACUUAACACGCAAGGAGACAAUUAUAUAUUUCCGUACGCGUUGCCAAGGACAAGUGCACAGCUAAAUGUCCGUAAUUAGAAGGUGAAUUAAGCAACAAAAUAUCAAGGUAAACCUGUCACCCUGUUAUGGUAUUGGACGCAUUAUUAUUGGGUUAUAUAUAUUUAUGAACUAAGCUGGCAAUAUGCAGCUGGAAAGGCGGGUGAUUAGUGCAUGUCACUGGGUUCUUUUGAUCGAAUGCCUCGUAAAUAGAGUAACAGGUCGGACCCGUGUGUCAAAGAUGAUUGAAUGCCUCUACAUAUAAUAAAAUAUAGAAAACUUUUAACUAUUUUGUUUAUUCAUGCGUAAAUUAAAUCAUGUUUUAUACUGAAAUAUAUUACAUUGAUAAAUGUAAUAGUAAUCUAUUAAAUUGUGAUAUUAUAUAAUGAGAAUGUAAAUUAAAAUUUAAUUUUUUCUUGUGACUUGUUGCUGCAAAAUAAUGCAAAAUAAUUUGUUCACUGGACGCAUUUAUAGUUACGGCUCGCACUUGUGCAACUGACAAUUAUAUAAGAAUGGUAUGCUUAUUCUUCAAAUACUGAAUCACUCAUUAUUUGCUCAUUAUUUGCUCAUUAUUUGCCCAUUAACCAUAGAAUUUAAAAAGUGAUACACGACUCUCUUGUCGCGCGCGCACUUAUCCUCUUAGACAUCGUUCGCUUGUCCGCUGCGCACGAUGCAUCAGUCGAAGGAGGCGUACUGCAAACGGCUGUCCUUCUACAGUUCUACCGGUGAUAUAGGCUGGUCCGAAGUUGGACAUUAUAGUACCGAUCGGAGAGUACUUUCGCCGAGAAUCGCCCGUAGUGGGGGAGGCGGGGCUUGAACCCUGGAACCCCAUGGGCCAUAUAUACUACGGGCCCAUGCAGCGCUCAUGCUACUUGUGGUGUCAGCUUCUCGGAGAUCCUCGCUGUACAGAAAACGUGGAGCACGGGAGAAGCUGAUAACUGCGACGCGAAGAUGAAGCUGUUAAUCGUGUGCAUGCUGGUAACCGCUGCAGUCGCUGUGCCGGGUCUCCUUCGGGUACCAAAGGUGUACAACGCCGUGAUCACGAGCAAUCAGAACUUGUCACCUUCGCGAGCGUUCCCAGUGAUACAACCAGUCAUUCAUCGAACCGCCGUGGGCUACGUGCCGCCGUUCUACUACACGCAGAUAGCGCCUCACUUUGCCGGGCCAGAAGUGGUGCAUUAUCCAUCGCUCGGCGGGAAGGUCAUCGGGAACGAUCAGGCGCAGGCCUCUUCCUCGAAGUCUCAUCUGGCCGAGUCGACGAGCUUCGGCGUCGCGAAGGAACGCGAACGCACGGCCACCGAUCGUGCGAAGGAAGAUGAUUCGGGGAACGAUGAUUCCCCGAAGAACUCUCCGAAGAAGCAUGACCAAGUGCCAUUAAGUUUCUAUCCAAACUAUCAAUCUCUUUACUACGAGCCGUACAUCUACACGUACAACGGCUUCAAUCCGCAUCUCGUACCCGGCACUUACUACGUGGAUUAUCAACCCUACGGCGCCGUGGAACCGAUCCCGGCGACCACGCCGGAGAACGCGGACUCCGGUCAUCUGUUGCCGAGCUUCCACGACGAGAAGCGCGAUCGGACGAAGAACGACAAGGAGAAGAUACCAGACGUACCGCCGCCGCCGCUCCCGACCUCCGCACCGAAGAGAUCUUGAGCCGAUCCCGUAGAGAAAUAUUUCGAAUUAAAUCGUGAUGGACAAGCCGGAGGAAGAAGCCUUGUGAAACCCGCGUGCGUUACAAGCGCGAAUAAGUAAGCAGAUAAGAUUUUAUUUUUUCUUCUUUUUCUUAAAUUUUUUUUUUCAGAAGAUAUAAAGGCCUUUGUUACAUGUGGAGAGAUAAUCAAAUCAAUCAUGUUCGUUGGCGCGUUGGAGUGGUUGUGUAAUCAAUUGGCGUUUUAUACGUUAGUCACGCUAUUAUAUUGAACUUUGCAAUUGCUUGAAGUUAUCUGCAUCACGGUGUUCGGCAAAAGUUGAGGAGUCUCGUCUAUGUUAAUGUGUUUGUCGUCUAUAUUAAUGGUGAGCUUAAAGAGGAGAAAGCACGGAUUAUUUUUAUAGCUUGAGCAGGUAUCUUUCAUGGAAUUCUGCAUUCUUUGCGAUGUAUCUUACGUACAUGUUAGCUCAUUUUCAUAUUUGUGCUUCGAGAUUACUCUCGCUGAUUAUUAUUUAGUAAGACUACAUAUAUAUUUAUAAAAUGCGUAAUAGUUUCUAUUAAAAGACUUUUCAUAUU